CCACUUUUUUAGGUGGUUGUUGUUGUUGUGGUUGUUUCUGCUUGUUACAUACUUGCCUGACGCCAAAACACGACCACUAUUUUCCUUCCCUAUUUCCAAAAAAUAAAUUUUUUGGAUAUUAAUACCUCGAAAAGUGUCAGUCAUUUGUUCUGCUUAUUUUUUAAUUUAAAAAAAAAGAAUUAAUUUUAAUGGACACCUUGUUUUGCCUGUGAAGGACACCUUGUUUUGCCUGUGAAGGGCAUUUUCCCAGAGAAGGAUUUUGAGGGGAGAAAAGUCUGUGGGUUAGAAAACAAGCAUUUUCAACAAGCAUUUUCCCCAAUCACACUUAGUUUUCUUUCCUCAUUUUUUUCUAAAAUAAUUUCUAAAAUUUUUUAAUUUAUCCUAUUUUAUAGCAAAUUUAAUUCUCUAUUUAAUAGUGCAAAAAUAUUUUUAAAAAUAUUUUUUGUUCAAAAGAUAUAAAAUAAAAACUAGGCUGUGUCCCUCACAUACACAAUUACCCCCCAUUUUUACCCCUCAUUUUUACAAAAAAUUUUUAAAAAAUUAAUUUUAUUUAAUUUUUUAAGUAUUGUUCCCUAAAAAUAUUUUCCUAAAAAAUUCUCCAAAAAUAUUCUAAAAAUGCCACCAAAAAAUACAAACAAUAACAACAACAAUCUCCUUCACCUUCUAAACGUCGAACAAGUCCACCUGCCUUUAGGCAACUUAACUCUUCACGAAAAAACAACUAAAAAAAUUAUUUAUCAGCCAGAAGGACAUCCAAAACAGGCUAUUAUAGAUGGCGAAAUUUGGCCCCCUGUAUUUGAGGUUGAGGCUGUUAGAUCUGCAAAGACUAUGAAGCCUCUCCCUAGCGACGUGUUUGUUUGUACUUACCCAAAAUGUGGAACUACCUGGAUUCAGCACAUUUGUUCCCAACUACUUUUUUGUUCCGAGUACGGGCCACAUCAAGGAAAAGGUACAUAA